AUGUCUGCAGAUGCUCUGAGCACUCUCGUCGAUAAUAUUCCCAAUUGGCUGAAACGGCUCGACGAGCUCGACGAUCAAAUCGAGAAGCGGCAGGUCGACCUUGCGAGACUUGCCGGCACAAGCAGUCAAGCCUCGGCCCGCUCUCUGCGGAAUCGUGGCUCAACCGAAUCGCUCCGGCCCCGCGACGACGAUGUCGAAUCCCCAGCUCAGAGUCCAGCCCCAGGUAACAAGCCUGACACACCGGUGCCCAAUAGCACGGUUACCGGGUCUGAAGCCAAUCGACACGUGAGAUCAAUAACUCAAAAUGACACGAAGGAAGUCGUCGCCACUGCCAAGCGGCGAGCCCGGGCUGUUGUGCACCGAAAAGAAAAGACAGAGUCGAUGCUUAGCGCACAGGACGUGGCUCGGAAGUACCUUUCCAAGACGAUGGUCAUAGUGUACUACGACAGCUGGGUCCAGUCAUUUUUCGAAGAGCUCGUCAAGUUCGUGUCGGCGUCCCGCAAUCUCAUGCGCAAAGCCAAAAUGGCGGCAAAGGUGGCAGAGAUUAAGCGCAUGGCAGAGCUCGAAUUUCCUGACGACGAAGACGAAGAUGGAGAUGAUGAUGACGGCAAAGGGCUCGUCGCUGGCAAUUGUCGCGGCAUAAUGGGCGGACGGGGAGGACCGCCAGGCGCCGGGGAUAUCUAUGAUCAGCUUGAUAAAGGCUUGGAGUUUGUGCAAAGUGCUUGUGAGCAAGCAGCACACCAAUUUCUCCGCGAGGGUGACUGUACCGAGCAAGUGAAGAAGAUAAGAGCCCGCCUCGCCGCAACUGGCGAAAGCGCUACGAAACAGCUGGCGCAAGGGAAAGCCGGUGAUGGCGUUGGGAGCGAACAGAAUUCCGUCGAAGCCACGCCAAGGGUAUACCGGCCCAUAAUUAUGCGGCGGGACGACGGUGCGUACAUCCUCGCCAAGGGAUUUCUCUCUUUGAACUGGACAGCACGCAAGCUGACCAAGGAUCUACCGCAGAUGCCCCAAUGCCAGAGCCAGACAAGUCGAAACAUGAGACCAGCCACGAUAGCGGCCACGACAGUGGUCAUGGUGAGAUGA